UACAUUGAAACGUUGUUUUUUUUCCUGUGUGUAAGUGAAACGAAAUAAUUUUUUUGCGUCGGGGGCUUUGUGUGGCUAGAAAGUUGGUCUGCAUCAGUGUUCUCGGGGUUUUGACAGCGUAUAGUGUGUGUUGGAACGCUAAGUGUUAUAUCUUCUUUAAAUUUUUCCUUCCCGUUUAGUAGUUAAAAACAAAAAACACAAACAUGGAUGCCAUCAAGAAGAAGAUGCAAGCGAUGAAGCUUGAGAAGGAUAAUGCCGUUGAUAAGGCUGAUACCUGUGAAAAUCAAGCUAAAGAUGCCAACUCCCGUGCCGACAAAUUGAAGGAGGAGGUACGUGAUUUGGAGAAGAAGUUGGUGCAAGUUGAAGCCGAUUUGAUUACAUCCAAGGAACAAUUGGAAAAGUCCAACCAAGAAUUGGAAGAGAAAGAGAAAUUGUUGACCUCCACCGAAUCCGAAGUAGCCACUUUGAAUCGUAAGGUACAACAGAUUGAAGAAGAUUUGGAAAAAUCUGAAGAACGCUCAACCAGUGCUCAACAAAAGUUGUUGGAAGCUACCCAAGCUGCUGAUGAAAACAACCGUAUGUGCAAAGUAUUGGAGAACCGUUCUCAACAAGAUGAAGAACGUAUGGAUCAAUUGACCAACCAAUUGAAGGAAGCCCGUAUGUUGGCUGAAGAUGCUGAUACCAAAUCUGAUGAAGUAUCCCGCAAGUUGGCCUUCGUUGAAGAUGAAUUGGAAGUUGCUGAAGAUCGUGUCAGGUCCGGUGAAGCCAAGAUCAUGGAACUUGAAGAAGAAUUGAAGGUCGUCGGUAACUCCUUGAAAUCUUUGGAAGUAUCCGAAGAAAAGGCCAACCAACGUGUUGAAGAAUUCAAGCGUGAAAUGAAGACUUUGACCGUCAAAUUGAAGGAAGCUGAACAACGUGCUGAACAUGCUGAGAAGCAUGUCAAGCGUCUUCAAAAGGAAGUCGACAGGCUAGAAGACGAAUUGGGCAUCAACAAGGACAGAUACAAGUCUUUGGCCGACGAAAUGGACUCCACAUUCGCCGAAUUGGCUGGUUAUUAAAUUGUUGGUCUCUUUAUAAUUUGAAUAUGUUUUCCAUCAUCUUGUAAAAAAAAAUAAAAACAAAAAAUCUAAAAAAUACAAAAUUUAAAUCUAACAUCAACAAAACAACACAACAUCAUCUUCAUAAGAUACCAUCACACUGCAUGAUGCUCCCAGCAGAGCAGCACACACUCGGCACACAUCCAUACAUCCCUCGAAUACUUGACUGCUCCAAAAGAUUUUUGUGAACAAACAAA